AUGUCGAUAGGAGCAUCAUCGCGCCUCACCAGACACUACAGUCAAGCAUCAAAGCCCGAGGACACUCCACCUAAAAAAGAGAGCAAGGAGUUAGCCAAGUUGUCAGACUCACCUCCCAGACACAUCGAUGUCUUGCAUCGGAACAGAUUGGCUAAAGCUCAACUUUUAUCGAAGGCAAACAAUUUCUUUUCGAGACUACAAAUCCGGUUCAAGUGGCUAGUGAAGAGAUCCAACCGGCCGUUUAAUACCGAUGACUACUCUGCAUUUUUCUCGUGGUUGGUUAUGGGAAACGUCCUCUUGUUCUUCCUAGGAACCACCACGUUUUUCUCAUUGGUUAUUUUCACCGCCAACACAGUGUUUGCCCAGGAGUUCGUGGCCCGAAAACUAGGCGAGUUCAUCACCAAAAAUUCAAAUCUUGAAGUGACCUUCGAACAUGCUAUCGUUCCAGGUUGGUCAGAUGGUAAGAUCAGUUUCAGAAAGUGUUUUGUGAGUAAAAGACCACGGUCAAAGAAAAAGUUCACCAAAGGUUCACAAGCUGAAGCUUAUGAAGAAGCAAUGAGCCCCAAGAAUUUGGUGAGUAGCGACCAAGACGUUAUCGAAGAUGACGGUAACUACACCCAGUACGAUCUUACCAUAGAAGAAGUGAACAUAUCCCUUUCAUUCAACAAGUGGGUCAAUGGUACAGGUAUGAUCGAUACCAUGGAGGUUAAGGGUAUGAGAGGAGUCGUGGACAGAACCCAUGUUAAGUGGGAUCCAAAUGACAACGCUACAAAUUAUAAGAACAUCCACAAACCAGGAGACUUCGAGUUUGAAGAUUUCAAGAUGGAGGAUGUAUUGUUCAAACUUUUACAACCCAAUGGAUUCAGACCAUUCGAUGUUGCCAUAUACAAUUGCGAGCUUUCGAAAUUGCGGCAACAUUGGUUGUUUUACGACUUCCUCAAUGCAAAUAUCAUGAGUGGAUCUUACGAUAAUUCAUUAUUCACUAUUCACAAAAAGCAAAGGUUAGAUGACUAUGGUAAUAGUCAAGUCAAGGGCAAGGAAUGGAAAAGAAUCACCAGACUCAGAGUUGAUUCAUUGAGUCUUGACCAUCUAAAUACUGGAUUGGAAGGACCCUUUGGUUGGAUCACGUCAGGAAAGGUAGAUAUGAUCGGCGAUGUGAUGGUUCCACAGGAAAAUAACGAAAUGAAUGUAACCGAAUUGGUGAACAUCAUUGCCGCAUCCAUCAAGAAGGAAGCGACCAGGUACAAAAACCCAGAAGUGACCAAGGCUAAGAAUCCCGAUCAGCACAUGAGAUUGACUUCUAACGAUUACAAGGACAUCCUGAAAUAUUUCGUAUUGGACUUGACCAUCAGGCUCAAUCAUGUUCGUGCAUCUGUUCCGUUCCAGGCCCCUGAAUUGAGUUACAUCAACUAUGCAUUAAUCCGACCAAUUGUUGCUUACAUCAACUCGAAAAAUACAUUCAUCGAGAUCCAAAACCGGAUCGUCAAGAAUAUUGAGGAUUUCAGUGGGUCCUGGACAGUCUAUGACUCGUUGUUGAUGGACGACAUUUCCGAAGAGGUGUACGACAACUUUGUCAACUAUGUUGCGGACGAGGAGGCUCGGAUGUUCAGGGUGAAGAAGAUAGGAUUCUGGUCGGUACAACUAUUGUUCCAGGUUCUUGUGAUUGGGUUGGGGAUCUUGACUUAG